AGACAUCAUUGAUUUGAUCCAAACAUUGACAGUGUUUUGAUUUGCAAAUACAUGACGUGUUUUUAAAAAUAAUAAUAAAUAAGAAAUAAGUUUUUCAUUUCAUUUCAAGCCAUGAUUUGCGGAUCAAUUUGAUUGACUUAUCGGAUCCAAUGGUGGUUUGAAUGUCUGGAUGACUGAUGAAGUAAUUGAUUGAUUGAUUGGUAAAAAACAAAUCAAAAGAAGAUAUAGACAACAGAGACAGACAAUGAAAUCGUUGAAAGAAUGGACAAAACUGUCGACAAAUAUCCUAUUAGUUGUCAUCUAUUUGUUGAAUAUCUUGAGCCAAGUAUUGCUCAAUGAAGUACCGACCGGUUCGGGUUCGGGUGGCGGCGCCGGCGGCAGCGGUAGUGGUAGUGGUAUUAACCGCAAGAUCGAGACGUCCCAUUCGAACGAAAUCAAAUCGUUUGACGACAGUAUCUACUAUCGGAUCAAUUGGUUGGGCGAUAAUCGGGAACAGAUGUCGCCAGAUGUUGACCAACAUAUUCAACAGUUUGCUCAGUGGACACCAUCGAGUAGUGAACCAAAAGAUGUGGUUCACGACUCCAAUGUCCUCUACAUAACCACUGCAUCUCACGAACGAUAUGUCUGUACUUUACCACAGAUUGAUGCCGUUUCUGAAUCAUUGGAUAGUCAAACAAAAUCAGAAUUUUCAACGAAAAGUGGUUACCAAUUGUUGAAACCAUUGAUGGUUCGCGAAGUCUGUUCCUAUCGUUUGGAACAGUACUGGACGUACGAGAUAUGUCACGGCAAACAUAUCCGUCAGUUUCACGAAGACAAUGGACCGCAAAAAACUAGCAAAAACUCUGCUACUCAGGAGUACUACUUGGGUCGAUACGAACUGUCCAGACUCGGCCAAAGUGAACAGCAAUUUGAUGGACAACUGAAACAAUUGGCCAGAGAUGGCAGACGGCGGCCGACGGUUACCGUCGACGAAACACAGUUGCCGUACGUCGAAGUGAAUAUGACUGACGGCACGAUCUGCGAUCUGAGUAAUACUAAGCGUUUUACACGUGUACUGUACGUGUGCAACGAAGACGCCAAACACGAGCUGUACUCGAUUAAGGAGACGUCCACUUGCGAGUACGAGGCCAUCGUAUUGUCGCCACUGUUGUGCCAGUCGUCCGAGUUUCAAGUAUCGGCUGCACCCGAAAAUCAGAUCAACUGUUAUCCGGUGGACAAAUCGCCGGCCAAACCCAAAGCACUGAAGACAAUGGAAGCCGAAGUAGUCAGACAACAGUUAGAAGUGUUGAAAAAUAAGGAUAAAUUUUCGCCAUUUCCCGGCGGUAUAUUCGAUGGUAAAACUAUUAUUAUCGGUGCCAACGAUUUUGGUAAAGAGUUGCGAAUCAAUAUAGUGACCAAUGAGGACGGCAACGAUGAGCCCAGCGGUGAAGACUUGGCCGCUAAGUUUGAUUCGAAAAUAUUGACCAACUUUUUGAGCGGUGAUCUAUGCUUACAUGGGGGAACCGGUUGGUGGAGAUAUGAGUUCUGUUACGGCAAUAAAGUGGAACAAUAUCACGAAGAAAAAGGAGUAAAAAUGACGGUCAUUACGCUGGGAAAGUGGGAUAAACGACAGCACAUUAAUUGGCUGAACAAAAAUCCAUCGAAAAGACCAAAGUCUAACAAAACGCCUAAACAAGUGUCGCAUUACUAUUCAAACGGUGACGCCUGCGAUAUGACCGGAAAGUCGCGCAGUGUUGAAGUCAAGAUGAAGUGUCGUAACAUUGCAGGACAUCCCGAUUCUGUUGCACUGUAUUUAUUAGAACCAAAAACCUGUGAAUAUAUAUUAGGAAUCGAGUCACCAAUAAUUUGUCAGCUGUUGAGUAGUGCCGAUGAAAACGGAUUAUUAUAUAAUCCAAACAUUAAAUUAACAGAAAAUUUAGAUACUAUUAGUAGCGAUGGCGACGACAAAGAUGACGAAGAAGUGGUAAAUCUAGCAAAUGAUGAACUUUAGAGAUGAGUUCAGAGAUAUUUUAAUAAGUCAUUUAAAAAUUAAAAAUAAAAUUAAAAAUGUUUUUUUUCAAUAAAUUAUUACUGUAUAUAAAAUAAAUAAAUACUUUUAAAUCAAUCAUUAAU